CAAUGUCAGCUGGUUACACCACUCCAGCUCUACUUCAGUCCGAAGAACUUUCUGAAUGGACAGCCGUGGCGCGCCGGAACCACAUUCUUCUACUUCGGUCCUAUAUCGCUAGACUUUGUCUUCCACUUGUUCUUCUUCAUGAGAUACAGUCGCAUGCUGGAGGAAUCGUCGUUUCCUAAUCGCAAGGCGGACUACUUCUGGCUCUUGCUCCUUUCCUCGAUCAUGCUCCUGGUGUGUCGCGUCUCCUACAUCGAUGUUGUCGCCAGCUGAGAGACGGCAGGCUUUGUCGCCCUUGUUCAACCUCCCCUUCCUCUCCUCCUCGCUAGCAUUCGUGCCCAUCUACAUGUGGUCGCGGCGGCACCCGUCCACCCCAUAUCUCUUUUCGGCAUCAUCACUAUCACAGCGCCGUACCUGCCCAUUGCUCUCGUCGCGUUCUCGUGGAUCCUGAACGGUAGCUGGAAGGCCGCUGCGGGCGACCUGGUCGGCUGCGUUGUGGGCCAUGUCGGGUGGUUCUUGCGGGAUGUGUGGAGCCGGGAGUUGCUGGGAGGUCCGACGUUCUU